AUGUUCUCAGAGUUGAAGUUCCCAGUGCCCUGGGGUCACGUGGCAGCCAAGGCCUGGGGACCCUCAGAGGGACACCCCGUGCUGUGUUUGCACGGCUGGCUGGACAAUGCCAACACGUUUGACAAGCUCAUUCCACUGCUCCCCAGAGAUUGCUAUUAUGUGGCAAUGGAUUUUUCCGGACACGGCUUGUCAUCCCACCGACCUGCAGGCUCCCCCUACCAUUUUCUGGAUUAUGUGACCGAUGUGUGCCGGGUGGCAGCAGCCUUGCAGUGGAGACGGUUCACCCUGAUGGGUCACAGUAUGGGUGGGUCUGUGGCAGGAAUGGGGAGUAAAUUUUGUUUCCUUUAUCCUGAGAUGGUAGACAAGCUGAUCCUGCUGGAAAAUCUUGGCUUUCUGCUAGCUCCAGAGGACACUGAGGAGUGGCUGAAAUCCAAACGGAUGGUGAUUGACAGAUUACUGAGUCUAGAGGCAAAGCAGCAAACUCCCAAAGCACGGAGCCCCGAAGCAGCAUUACAGAGGCUCUUAGAAGCAAACAGACAUCUGACAGCAGAGGGUGGGGCAAUCCUACUGCAGCGAGGAGCAACUGAGACACCCGCUGGGCUGGUGUACAACAGAGACAUGAGAGUCCGUAUGCACAAUGAAGUGUCCUUCACAGUGGAGCAGUGUGUGAAGCUCCUGCAGAAGAUUCAAGAUCGUGUUCUCAUCAUUCUAGCACAAGAUGGACUCUUUGUACCACACAAGCUAGACAACAGAAAGCUUGUGAAAGCCCUACGGGAGGCGUUCGAGUCUACCCUCAAAGAGCAUAUCCAGCUAGUAGAGGUGCCUGGGAGUCAUUUUGUGCACCUGAACGAGCCUGAGGUGGUGUCUGGGAUCAUCAGCAACUUCCUGACGGUGCAGAAUGCCAGACCUAGACUCUAG